CGUCAGCGAGCAACUGGCGCAUAGUGAUGACGCGUGCAGGCAUGCUCGAAGUUUGCGUCGCGCUUGUUAUUUUUCGUGGAGGCUCCAUUCGAGUUUAGUGUUAACAGCAAACCCAAAUUUAGUGUUUUGACAAAAUGUCUUGCCACGACGAUGAUUGCUCGGAUGACCACGGACUAGCUGGUCAAUCGAAGCUGGAGAGCUUCCUGUUUAGCUGCGAGCUAUCCUCUAAAGUGCCUUUCUACACUUUCCAAGGCGACGAAGAGGAGGACCUGGAGCACUUCCUUGAACUCAGAACAGUUUGUCUGGGAGAGGGUGCCAAGGAGGAGAGUAAUGUGGUGGAAGUAACGGCCAUGAACCACCAAGGAAAGACUAUUUCAGUGCCCAUCGCCAACCUUCACAUCAGCUGUCUGCCUAUGGUGAGUCUGGGAGAGUUUGAGCUGAAAGCGCCAGUGACCAUCCGGCUCAAGGCUGGGACAGGACCAGUUACUGUCAGCGGGUUACACCUCAUAGCCUCUCAGGUUGAAGAGUCAGACUUUUCUGAUGAGGAUGAUGAAGACAAUGAUGAUGAGGAUGACGAGGAGGAGGAAGAGAUCACCCCCAUUAAACCAGCAAAGAAGAAGCAAAAGCAGUAGGCGGAGAAGUCACUGAUAGGUUUUUUGUUACCGGACAGACACAUUUUACAAAGUUACUACUUCUUCCACACAGCCAAGUGAAUGCUUAACUUAGCUGAACACACUGUUGGAGGAAGUGACAUCAUGACGGGCUUUGACGUUCUCACUUCUCCAACCGUCAGUUUCUCACUGCGAGUUCUUAGUCUCAGCAGUGUAUUUAACUGCGGUUUCAACAUUCAAUUAUAGAAGAACUGUUUUUGCUACUAAAUGCGACCCAGUGUUUUAUACUGCAUAUGAGACAGUCACACUGACUGUGUGUGUGUGUGUGUGUGUGUGUGUGUGUGUGUGUGUGUGUGUGUGUGUGUGUGUGUGUGUGUGUGUGUGUCCUGUACAGACACGAAAAAAUAUGCAAUCACAUGACUUGCAUACAUACAGUUUAUUAAAUGUUGUCGGUGCACAAGUAUCUUCAUUUCCAGUUGUUUGUAGUUCCAAAAAUGCUGUUUUUUUUAUGUGAUAUGUCAACCAUAAAUGUGAAGAUUUUGUACUUCUGGUGAAUGCAUCAAAAUA